UUGAGACUUCUCGGCCUUAGUGUGUUCUCGGGUCUUACUGUACGUGGCGGGUCCUGGCUGAAGGGCACGCAGAGAGAGAAUCGCGCCCCGCUAUCUGCCCGGCUGUCUGGCUGUCUGUCACUCGCUCUCUCCCUUCCUUGUGGAAUUACGGAUAUAUCGGUGGUGUUUUUUGUGUUGUUUUAGUAGAGGGCGAGAAAGAAAAGGAGACAGACUUCGUUUAUGAAUGCAAAUGAUUUGUGUUUAGUGUAGUGAGAGAAAAGGAAACAGAUAAAAGAAUAAGAAAAUUACGAAAAAAAGAAAAGGAAUACUAAAGAAGAAAGCCUGUAGGAAGAAGAGACAUUAAAGACAUGAGAAUGACGGUGCUUUAACGCCGCUGGUCGACGUCGGAGCAGACCUUAUGUAAUACAGUGCGUGGGACGAAAGCAGGUCCACCAAUGUGCCGUUCCCCCCCGAGGCUGUCCACUUCCCAGAGCCUGAGAAAAGGCCUCAGAAAGAAAGCACAGACUACAUGGCGUGACGACAAUUGUAUCAUCACUGAAAGAUGAUGCAACACUUGGCUGCUGUGCUAUAUAUUCUUGGCUCCACUGAGCUCGCACGGUUGUGAAUUAGGUUCACUUUUCCUUGUGUUUUCUUUCUCUUUGUUUUUGUGCGUUUACUCAUUAAUAAUGGAAGCAAAGAAAGAAGGGACAAGUCCAAAUCUUGAUAAAAAGGGAAGAGUGAUUCGGGGAGAGAGCGAGCACGCGCCGGAGAUAAAGACUCAAGGUAAUCUGGCGACACACGAGGGAACUUUCCAUCCUUCGAGGCAGGACAAGAGGAUUCUCCCUCCGGCCGAGAAGGACGCCUCCUUCAGGGACGGACGGGCCUCUACUGGCGGCGAGGAAGAGCUCGCCCCUCCUGACGGCGGCUGGGGCUGGCUGGUGGCGUUCGGGGCCUUCGUCAUCACGUCUCUCCUCCCUCUGCUGGGUCCCUGCUUGGUAUCCUGUUCUCCCGCUUACUGCUGA